AAAAACGCAGCCACCAAUUUUCAAUUCUCUCUAAAAUUUCUUCAUCUCGAACAAGUGAGAAAUCGGAUUAGCAACACAAUCACAUCAUCAGAGCGCGAAGAAGAGAAAUGAUAACGGCGAAGCUCUGCGACUCGUGCAAGUCGGCCUCCGCCGCCGUCUUCUGCCGCGCCGACUCCGCCUUCCUCUGCCGCGCGUGCGACGCCGACGUCCACGCCGCCAACAAGCUGGCCUCGCGCCACGGCCGCGUCUGGAUCUGCGAGGUCUGCGAGCAGGCCCCGGCCUCCUUCACCUGCAAGGCCGACGCCGCCGCCCUCUGCGCCGCCUGCGACGCCGACAUCCACUCCGCCAACCCCCUCGCCCGCCGCCACGACCGCGUCCCGAUCUCCCCCUUCUACGAAUCCGCCUCCGCGGCCAGCUCCGAGGAGGAGGCCGAGGCCGCGUCCUGGCUCCUGCCCGACCCGAAUAGCAAAAUUGAGGAGGAAUCCGGGUCGCCGGAGUACAUGUCGCUCUUCUCCGAUAUGGAUCCGUAUCUGGAUCUGGAUCUCAAAUGCAAGCCGCACCAAAUCGCCGAUACCGACCACAAGCAUUACUCCGACGGAGUCGUGCCGGUGCAGAACAAGCCCGAAUUCGGGUCGGGUCACUACGUACCUGGCCCCGUCGUCGACGGAUUCCCCACCUACGAAAUGGACUACCCGAGCCCCAAACCCUUCAUGUACAACUUCACCUCACAAUCCAUCAGCCAAAGCGUGUCGUCGUCGUCGAUGGAGGUGGGGGUGGUGCCGGAGGCGGAGGCGGCGGUGGGGAUGGACAGAGAAGCGAGGGUGAUGAGGUACAGGGAGAAGAGGAAGAACAGGAGGUUCGAGAAGACGAUCAGAUACGCGUCGAGGAAGGCGUACGCGGAGACGAGGCCGAGGAUCAAGGGGAGAUUUGCGAAGCGGUCGGAGCUGGAGGUGGAGUCUGCAGCUUACGGCGUCGUUCCGAGCUUCUAGAUCUUUUUUUUGGACAUCGGAAGAUGAUGUUGAUGAAGAAGGAAGAAUGUGCAUGUGUAAAUAUUGAAGUUUUUUCUACUUCUCUUUUUGUGAUAUAACAACCUUCACUUUUGUUUCUGCACAUCUUCAUUAGUAGAUAUGAAUGCAUGCUUUCUUUGAGUUA